AAGAAGAAAAACGGACAAAAGUGUAACGCAUCGCGAGCAUCUACGAAUGCUGGAUGCGUGCAACGGCCGCGCACCGUACGUCCUCCCUUUCAUUCUUUGUGGCACCUGCAGCUACCCUUUCCAACCCCUACGACACAGCCAGCUAGCGGGAGCGAGACGACCGACAGGUGGCGUCGGUAGGAGCAGGAGAGCGUCGGGUCUCGGGGAGAGGGUCGAGCGCAUGCGCUGCAGGACCCGCGGGGGUUCCCCGGCACGAUCAGUCGUGGCCGGCGGUGCCGGAGGCCAAAGACUUUCGCGAGGGUGGACGCGCCGCGUUUUCUGCCGGACCUCUUUCGCUCUAUCUACACCUAUACUGUCCUCUCCUCUCCUCUCCGCCGCCGAUUUACGCCGCGACUGCUCCGGCCGUGCACGUAUGACCCUGCACCGCCAACCGCGUGCACUUUCGCGGUCGGCUGCACCACCAUCGACGACGACCACGACACCGAUCGCCGUGUGACACGAGCCCCUACCCUUCAGCGGCUCCGACGCCGCUCAUCUCGCCUCGUCGUCGUCGCCGUCGUUGUCGUCGCGUGCACCCCGCGCGUACGUGCCGCGCGGAGAGGACCAGAGGACCGAACGUGACCGACCACCAGUCGAUCGACGCGACCGCGACCACGACCACGUCCGCGUUCGCGAAACCCGUCCACGACGACGAGCACCGGCGACGACGCGAUCGCCUUCGUCGCUUCUGCCGGGUCUAAGGUUGACCGAGAUCCAAGGACACGGGAUCGAACGAUGCUGGCCAGCUGCCUAAUCUUCGUCGGUGCAGCGGCGGCGGUGACGUCCACCAGCGGUCACGGUUUCGACGCGCAUUUACGCGGACCAAGCUUCGUGAUGGAGCCGCCGUCGAGGGUGGAAUUUUCAAAUUCGAGCGGCGCUUGGCUGGACUGCACCGCGACAGGAAGCCCACCACCCAACAUCGAUUGGUCGACCGCGGACGGACAUCCGGUGAACGACGUACCGGGGGUGCGGAGGGUGCUGAGGAAUGGCACUCUGGUCCUUCUGCCGUUCGCGGCCGCCGCCUUCCGGCAGGAUGUGCACAGCGCUGCCUACAGGUGCGUCGCGAGCAACUCCGUUGGCAGAGUGCUCAGUCGUGACGUCCAGGUCAGAGCAGUGGUAGCCCAGGCGUACAAAGUCGACGUGGAAGUGAUCGGAGGUGCAUCUAGGGGUUGCACCGCAGUGUUACGAUGCGUCGUUCCCAGCUUCGUGAAAGAUUUGGUGCGCGUAGUGUCCUGGUUGCAGGAACCCUCGUUCUACAUUUAUCCUUCUCUGCAAGGAGAUGGAAAAUUUCACCUCCUGCCAACCGGUGAACUUCUUGUCCACAGUUUAGAGUUCAGCGAUCAAAUUCACGGCUACAGAUGUCGAACGAUGCAUCGCCUCACUAGGCAAGUGGUGGUGAGCUCUGUGGCCAACGUGAGGAUAGCAGAUCAUAGAGGGGUGAUGCCUCCGGUGAUACUCGAGAACUCUGGCGUGGUCCACGUCGCGCAAGACGAAUCAACGUCGCUGGUCUGUGUGGCUCAAGCUUGUCCUGCACCGGAAUAUCGAUGGCAUGCACAAACUGGUUCCGAGCCAAUGCUGGUGCUGUCUGGACCAAGGACCAGGUUGCUAGGAGCUGUUCUGGCCCUAGAAGCUGUCACGUUGGAAGACAGCGGCGUUUAUCGUUGUUCAGCGUCCAAUCCUGGUGGCGAAGCUAGCGCCGAAGUCCGGCUCAUCGUGACAGCUCCACUGCACGUCGAAGUCACGCCGCCAUUGCUGAGCGUCCAUUUAGGAGGUAAUGCCGAAUUUAGAUGCGAGGUCAGCACGCAUCCGCAAGCCGGACCACACUUUGUUACCUGGUACAAGGAUGGCCGCCAGCUGCCAGGCACCGGCAGACAAUCAGAAUUAUUGAGGCUGAACGGUAUCAGCAGGGAAGAUCGUGGAAUGUAUCAGUGUAUCGUCAGACGCACAGAGGGCGACACCGCACAGGCAUCAGCGGAACUACAAUUGGGCGAUGCGCCACCGAAAAUGCUCUACUCGUUCAUCGAGCAAACGUUGCAACCGGGACCGGCUGUAUCCUUAAAAUGCUCUGCAGCUGGGAACCCGACACCGCAAGUUACCUGGGCCUUGGACGGUUUUCCCCUGCCAAACAACGGAAGGUUCCUUAUUGGCCAGUACGGGACAGUUCAUGGUGAUGUUAUAUCGCAUGUUAAUAUCAGUCAUGUUAUGGUGGAGGACGGAGGAGAAUAUUCUUGCACAGCCGAAAAUCGUGCCGGGAAAGUGACUCACGUCGCUCGUCUCAACGUUUACGGUCUUCCAUAUAUUCGACUAAUUCCGAAAGUAACUGCUGUCGCUGGUGAAACUCUCCGAUUGAAGUGUCCAGUCGCCGGGUACCCCAUCGAGGAGAUCAAGUGGGAACGAGCGAAUCGGGAAUUGCCGGACGAUCUUCGGCAGAAAGUGCUGAAAGACGGUACUUUGGUCAUCACGAGUGUGCAGAAGAACGGGGACGCAGGGGUCUACACGUGUUCAGCGAGGAAUAAACAAGGACACAGCGCACGAAGAUCAGGAGACGUCGCAGUAAUCGUACCCCCUAUUAUUGAGCCAUUUACAUUCCAAGAGGGACUAUCCGAGGGGAUGCGGACGUGGACGGUGUGCGGGGUCGCGGCGGGUGAUGCACCCUUAACUAUAUCCUGGCUAAAAGAUGGCCAAACUCCCUUUCCUUUGCCGCCAAAUCUGGCAUCCGUCGCAAACAUCUCCCAACUGGAUUCUUACUCGAGCGUCCUCAGUAUAACGAAACUCGCGGCCGAGCACUCCGGCGACUAUACCUGCGUCGCCGCGAACCCCGCCGCCGAGGUCAGGUACACGGCCAAGCUACAGGUAAAAGUACCUCCGCGAUGGAUCGUGGAACCUACCGAUGUGAGCGUCGAAAGAAACAAGCACGUUGCGUUACACUGUCAAGCACAAGGCGUGCCUACACCAACUAUUGUUUGGAAGAAGGCUACGGGAAGCAAAUCCGGUGAAUACGAGGAGUUGCGGGAAAGAGCAUACACGAAAAUUCUCACUAAUGGUACGCUUCUAUUGCAACAUGUGAAGGAAGACAGAGAAGGAUUUUACCUCUGUCAAGCGAGCAACGGAAUUGGAAGUGGUAUUGGCAAAGUGGUCCAGCUAAAAGUAAACUCUUCUCCAUAUUUUGCUGCACCAUCGAGACUUGUUACUGUGAAGAAAGGUGAUACAGCAACUUUACAUUGCGAGGUACACGGCGACACACCAGUCACCGUCAUUUGGCUGAAAGGCGGGAAAAUUGAGUUAAAUCCCUCGACGAACUAUCGAGUUACAGUGAAACGAGAGGUAACACCAGAUGGUGUGAUAGCACAAUUACAAAUUUCUUCUGCGGAAGCCUCCGAUAGUGGCGCUUAUUUCUGUCAAGCGAGCAAUCUUUAUGGUCGUGAACAACAAUUAGUGCAACUCCUCGUACAAGAGCCACCACAGCCACCAAAUUCUUUAGAGACUGCCAUGGUUUCCAGUCGAAGUAUUAACGUAAAAUGGCAACAUAAAUCUCAAGACACCAGUGAAGUGACUAAAUAUAUACUUCAAUACAAAGAAGGCGAUGCUGGAAUAUGGCAACAGCAAGAAUUCACUGGACCGCCUCUUCCAUACGCCGCUCUUAUCGAUGAAUUAAAACCAGCAACUAGAUAUACCAUACGCGUAAUAGCUGAAGGACCAGCGGGUAGGUCAGUGCCCUCGGCGGAACUGAUUGUUAAGACCGAACCACAAAGACCAGCUGGACCCCCGAUUAAUCUUGAAGCUAGGCCUCUAUCCUCAUCUGAAAUUUUAAUCACUUGGUCUCCACCAUUGCCUGAACUUCGACAUGGUGAUAUUCAGGGAUUCAAUGUUGGCUACAGGGAAACGAGUUCGUCGAACCCCUCGUAUAACUUCAGUUCUGUGUCUGGUGACGGAGAAGAAGGGGGUGCAGAACUUCGGCUAACAGGCCUUCGACCCUAUACAAAGUAUACGUUAGUGGUUCAAGCAUAUAAUCAAGUUGGAUCUGGACCAUUUAGCGAACUUCUGCUCACACAAACAAUGGAAGAUGUACCCAGUAUGCCACCUGAAGACGUAAGAUGCGCUGCAUUAACUUCGCAAUCCCUUCAAGUAUCCUGGCAGCUACCACCUACUACACACACCAAUGGUAUUAUUCAGGGAUAUAAAUUACAUUAUGAACCUGUUUUGGCAGAUAUGUGGCGCAGUGUUGAUGAAAUGGAAGUUCGUAAAACUAAUGCUUUAACCAUUGUUUUAACGGGACUGAGAAAAUUUACUAAUUAUACUAUUCAAGUAUUAGCUUUUACAAGGGUCGGCGAUGGAGUACCAACGACAGUAACUUACUGCCAAACGGAAGAAGAUGUGCCAGGUAGUCCAGCAGAUAUAAAAGUAGUAGUCAGUUCACCACAGGCUCUUUUUAUUUCUUGGCUCCCACCUCUGGAACCAAAUGGAAUUAUUACUAAAUACAAUUUAUACACAAGGGUCGUAGAUGGCCGAGAGGAACUUAAUCACGGUAAAAGAACACUGCCAGCAACAAGCACCUAUUUUGAAGCGACUGAUUUACAGCAACACGUAGAAUAUCAAUUUUGGGUGACUGGUAGCACCCGUGUAGGUGAAGGACAAAGUUCCAGAGUAGCUGCACAAGUACCAACAAAUAGAGUCCCAGCAAGAAUUACAUCUUUUGGAGGCCACGUAGUACGACCAUGGAGAGGAUCUGCCACUCUGGCUUGCAAUGCAGUUGGAGAUUCUACCAGAGAGUGGUAUAAGGGAAUGGCCGAACAAAUUCGUACUGAUACAGCCAGAAACAUACAAAUUUUGCCAUCUGGAGAACUUGUAUUGUCAAAUUUACAAUCACAAGAUGGUGGAAACUAUACUUGUCAGGUGGAGAAUUCUCAAGGGAGCGAUAAGUUGCAUUAUACUUUGACCGUACAAGUACCACCUAGCGCACCCGUUCUGUAUGUAACAAGUUCAACGUCGAGCAGUAUUUUAUUACAUUGGAAACCUGGGCAUACUGGUGGCGCUCCACUCACAGGGUACACGUUACAUUAUCGAACAACACACGGUAACUUAGACGAAUUACAAUUAUCUCGUCAUGCAACGAGCCAUGAAUUAAAGGGUCUUCUUUGCGGUAACACAUACCAACUAUACCUAACAUCGCACAAUAAAAUCGGUAGCAGUCCAUCGUCACCAGUGCUCUCUGUUCGAACGCAAGGACAGGCACCAGGAAUACCACCAGCUGCAGCUUUCCUCAGUCCAAACUCAACCACAUUAGUUCUUCGACUCCAUGUGUGGCCAGAUAAUGGUUGUCCAAUUCUCUACUUUGUAAUUCAGUAUAGACCCAUUAAUGAAUUUCACUGGACAUUAGUAUCAAACAGCGUGAAAAUGCAACGACGUUUUGUGGUGACAAAUUUACAACCAAGUUCGGUUUACCAACUGAAGGUAGAAGCUCACAAUGUGGCUGGUAGCAAUCAGGCAGAGUUUACGUUCGUAACACUAACGAAGGAAGGCGAACCGCCACCUCCAGAACUAUCGAAACGCGGAAUUGCUUCGGCCAUACCAUUCUACGCAGAUGUGAAAGUGAUGCUGCCCCUAAUUGUCGCCACCAUUGCUUUAGUCGCCGCUGUGGUGAUCGUAGCUCUUCGCUGGCGAAGCAAAUAUCUCGGAGACAGAAUGCAACGACCCAUGAAAGAGUCCCAGGAAAAUCAACAGAAUGCUGAAACCCAAAGAGAGCGUUACUAUGCGACGAUUCACAAGGUGGCUUUACAACAAGCGGCGAAUACGGGUGGAGGGCCCGACAAGAUUCCAGGUGAACCUUUGUUACGAUACGGACGACAGCCAGAGACAGCGGAGGACAUCUCGCCGUACGCUACGUUCCAGCUUUCGGAAGGUGGCGGGGGAAGCCUGGCAGGAUUGGGAGGGUUGGGUGGACUGGGAGGCGCGGCGGAAGCUUCAGCAGCCGGCCUCCACUCGAACAACACUCUUCUACACAGCUUCAUGUAUCACGAGCACGCUAUGACCGAAGGUUGCGCAAGCCCUCCACCUGCCGCAACGAGCAUGAAAAGCGUUUCGUCGAGGAGACGGCAGCAGAGAAAGCAACAAACUCCGGGCGAUGUCGAGAGCGACGAGAGCGAGUCUGACCCGGAUCAGCUGACGAGCUCUCGCACGGAGUCUUCCAACCAGCUGGAUGCUGGCAAACUAAAACACAUUCUUUUAGUUCGAGCCGUUUCCGAUGUCAUUUACCAUGGUACGUCGAGCACUUCUUCGGAUAUUUCACCCAUGUCAGAACAGAAGUCACUUCCUCGAAGAGGACGAUCUAGAUGGCAUGUUUCCAGCAGGAGCUCUCUACGCACACUGUUACCGCCGAUAUCGGUCGCAGAGACCACAUUCGUCGGAGGCAAUCAGGGAAAUGUAGUGCCAGGGAAUGGCGACCGUGCCGAUCGGCCAGAGCUCAGCGAAGCCGAGUGCGAUAUCGACUCCUUGAAGAAGCUGAAACUCGGCCUGAGGAGCUCUUUAUGGUCAAGGCCAAGCACUCAAAAUAAUGCUCCUUCCGACUACUCUAUUGCCGUUUAAUUCGCUCCACUUUCUUCCCCUGUGUGCCUCCCCCACUUCCCGUAUUAUCCGUGGUAGGCCAAAAUAUCUCUGUUCUUCCCUUUCUAAUCCCAUGGUCCAAAGAAUUAGAUAAAUGAAAAUCCUUCUAUCUGGUGUCUCGUCGGAUGUUUCGACGUGGUUAGAUUUAAAACGAAAAAAAAAAAAAAAAAAAAAUUGAAAGAUAGG